CGGGCUUGACAGGACACCGGCCCAGGCUUCCGCCACUCCGUCCAACCCCCGUCUCUUCCUCCUCCUUUCUCCUUCUCCAGCAAGCUUCGUUCUUCUCGGCGACGGAGAGGAGAAAACCAGUUACAUCUACGACCUCGGUUCCGGAGGUAAACCCAGGUCUUCCUUCUCCAUCCUCCAACUCCAAGGGGAAAAGAGCAGAGCAGCCUCCUUUUUCUUUACCACUCGCAUUACUAGUUUCCGUCUCGAUUCUUGUGUUGUCGCAAUCGAUUUUCUCCGGGAUGUUCACACGAACGAUUCUUCCCCGACGACCCUGAAUAAUCUGUCUUGGCCUCAGUUAAUGAAUAGCUGCGAGGUUCUACUGCGCUGUUGAGUUUGCGAUCUGACUUGGCCUCAGUUCAUGAAUAAUCUCGGCAUUUAUUCGGAUUUGCUUUUGUUUUCCAUCACAACUCGUAGUCAAGUCGAUUUGUACUCCCAAGUGUUUGCGUCCUGUGGACGGGUAGAAGAUAUGUAAAUCGUACCAGCUGUUCGGCCUCGUCCUCGCCUGCUACUACAGGCCGACCCCCAAGAAGGAGAAGAGCUCUCGCGAAAAUCGCGAGUUGCAGAGAUGAGAACCAUGAAAAGCAAGAUCCCGAAUAAGAAAACAGCCAGAUUUCGAUUCGGAUGCAAACUUAGCACAAUGCCCGCUUCAAGCCAUCCAGGCCAAAAUGGGUUCAGCUGAGGAUGAGUUCACCCCACUGUCUCAGUUAAAGUAUGGAAUGGACAAGUGUAAAGUGCGGGUGCGCAUCUCGCGGCUGUGGGAGUCCUUCAAUCCAAAAAAUGACACUUUGUUCGGCCUUGACUGCCUUCUGAUCGACGAUCAGGUGAUGCAUUCCCUACCUAAAGUGAACACUAAACAGAUGAAUCACAUUGCUUGCUGGCUACUAAUGUUUAAUUACCAUCCUUUUUCUCAAUGCACUGAUUCUUCUAGUUGUAUUCCACUCGUAGGGUAAAACUAUGCAGGCGCGUGUAGAACCCGGCGAUAUAGAGCGGUUUGAACAUAGGCUAGUUGAACAUAGUCUUGUCAGAUUUUCAUGUUGAUGUGCAGAGGUGUCAUGUAGCAAUGAGUGGACUAUGUACAUUAGAAGGCAGACCGUGGUCACUGAGAUAGAAGGAGAUAUUGAUUCGAUUCCCCUCUACAGCUUUGAGUUUGUUAAUUUUAAGGAUCUCCGUUCUAGGUGUGGCGACAACAGCUUAUUGACAGAUGUUCUGGGACACGUAGUAGGUGUCGGGGAGCUACAGGAGGUCACAAAAAGAUCCCGCGUUAUAGAAAUUUGCAAUGCAAGCAUUCGGGACUUGAGAGGAAAGGUACUGGGUGUCACACUGUAUGGUGAUAUUGCUUCUGGUUUUGCUGAGGAUAUGGCCGAGAAAGGCAAAGACGCCUCAGUUGUUGCUGUCUUUGCAGGGAUAUCUGUUGAUUCCUCGUCAUCGGUUUGCUCUACAACGUCUUCAGAGUACUAUCUGGAUUUGGAAAUACCAGCGGUGCAAGAAUUCCAUGCGAAUUUGCGCAUUCAGCAAGCAAACCCUGUUCCGAAGAAAACACCAGCUCAGAAGUUAGCCGAGAGUUGGCGAACAAUCAAACAGCUAAAGAGCCUUGAUCCGGAAGAGUAUGACGAGGAUACCACGUUUUUGUGCAGAGUCUCCCUGAUAGACAUAGAUUGCAGCAAUGGCUGGUGCUACCUUGGAUGCGACACCUGCCAGAAGUCCAUGUACGGGGCCCCAAGGAAAUACAAGUGCGCCCGAUGUGGUCCGAUCAAGAGGCCAGUUCAGUGGUACAAGCUGAAGGCGAAGGUGGAAGAUGCCACCGGCACAAUGGACCUGAUUAUCUUCUGCGAGGUGGCGGAGGAGCUGGUCGGUGUCUCUGCAGAGGAGCUCGUCGAUAACAUCGAGGAAGACGACGAGUGGUACGCCCUGCCAGAGGAAAUUGAGGAUCUUAUUGGCUCGACACACACCUUCCAGGUUUUCGACAAGUACGUGAACGGGAGCUUCGCGGUGAGGUCGAUCAUGGACGAUGCUAGCGUCCCACCCCCUGCUGGAGCCGCUAGUGAUUGCAAGGAGGAGAAGGCUGACCCUGAGGGGAGCCAGAAGCCUAGCAAGCGCCUGCGAGGGGACGACGACUCGAUCAACUAGGGAAUGGGGGAGCAUUCUGGGACUAAUAAUAGUGUAUCUAGGGUAGUGCCUAGGAUCAGGCAAUGUAUCUUUCUGUUCUCCUUAAUCUACCUGGGAACUCCUGCAUCUACCGCUGUGGCUCCAUCUAGUGAUGGUGAUGGGUUACAGUCUAACAGAUCAGAACCCGUUUAAUCCUUUUGAACAUUGUUUCCCUCUAUAUCAUGGUUGAUGGAAAAUGGGCUUUAGACCAUUUUGGUAACA